CCUGCACUACCGCACUAGCCGCAGACGACCAUGGCUGCCCGGCAGGACUAUCUGCGCCUCUUCGCUCCGAGCGUCGGCGAUUACAUCGCCGUCCGCGUGGAAGACGGGGAGGACAAACUGGAGUACGCGGAGGAAGUGAACAGCCUCCAGCAGCAGCAGGAGGCGAUGGCCGAGGGCAGUCCCCAGCAGCAGCCGCAAGCGGCGGCGCAGGACGAGGAGGAGGCGGGCGGCGCAUGCGCCGUGGAGCAGGACUACCUGGCCCCGCCCCCCGCGACGGCGGACGACGGGCCGGCCGCGGCGGCUGGGGGGGAGCCCAGUCCGGCCGAGCAGCAGCAGGCGCACGCCGCAGCCGCAGCCGAAGCCGCCGCCGCGGAGUACCAGUACUUGGACUGCGUGCGCGACCUCAGGGUGGUCUCGCAGGCGCGCGCCGACGACGACGAUGCCAUGCCGUACCACCACCCGCACACGCCCCGGCACCACCACCACCUGUCCCCGCCACCCGCGCCUCAGCAGCAGCAGCAGCAGCACCAGCCGCAGCACCACUACCAGCUGGGCGCGCUCUUCUCGCCCGUGAAGGACUACGGUGACUCGCGCCACCAGGACGACGUCUUCCGCUCGGUGUUCAAGCAGGAGGACCAGCAGCAGCCGCCGCCUCAGCAGGAGUACCUGCCCGAGGAGUACCUGCGGCACGCGCACGCGCAGCACGAGGGCUCCGUGUCGUCGGCCGAGUCCCCGGACGUGUCGUCGCGCAACGGCGAGGCGGCGUCGCCCGUGGGCGAGCUGGACAAGUCGCGCUUCACGCACCUGACGACGCUGCAGCCGAGCGCCGCCGGCUCUCCGGAGGAGCGCCACGACCCGCAGAGGGACAUGUACGGCGCCGGCGCGGCAGCGGGCGCGCUCGAGCACCACGGUGCGGCCGCGCACCACCUGCACCACGGCUACCACCACCCGCACGACGUCGCCGUCAGCAAUGCCACCUCCGUCCUCAUACACGCGCAGACCAGCCUCAACACCAGCCCGCUGUACUCUCGGAGCACGCUGUACCCCAGCUCCAUGUCCUACCUCACCACCAGCGCCGCCGACGUCGGCCAGGCCGUCGCAACGUCGCCCAUGUGGACGCAAGCCGGGCUGGACGACUACAGCCUCAUCAACAAGGCUAGCCAGAUGGCGCCGUCGCUGCCGCCGUUCACGCAGCGGUUCAACUCUUUGGUGUCGAUGGGAAGCAACGGUGGGGGCGGCGGAGGCGGCGCCAGCAGCCCGGGGGCGGUGUCGGUGUCGUCGGCGGCGCACCUGUCGCACGCGCGGCCCUCGCCCUACACGCCGUCACCGGCGGCGGCGCCGACGCAGCCUGCCUCCGCGACGUCGAGCGCCGGGGGCGGCGCCCCGACGUUCGAGGCGUCGCUGUGGGGGUACGAGGCGUCGCCGCUGCAGCAGUACGGCGUGUCGUCGCUGGCCGCCUCCAGCCGCGCCAGGGCUGCCAACCCCUCGGCGCCCGCCGCGCCCUCGCCCUCGCCCCUGUCCGUGCCGGCACUCACUGCCAUGGACGCGGCCGACUUCAUGACGGAGGGCCGCGAGUGCGUCAACUGCGGCGCCAUCUCGACGCCGCUGUGGCGGCGCGACGGCACGGGCCACUACCUGUGCAACGCGUGCGGCCUCUACCACAAGAUGAACGGCAUGAACCGGCCGCUGGUGAAGCAGCCGCGCCGCCUGUCUGCAUCGCGGCGUGUGGGGCUGUCGUGUUCCAACUGCCAGACGUCGACAACGUCGUUGUGGCGGCGUAACGCUACCGGGGAACCCGUCUGCAACGCUUGCGGCCUCUACUUCAAGCUGCACGGUGUGAACCGGCCGCUCGCCAUGAAGAAGGACAGCAUACAGACUCGGAAGCGGAAACCAAAGAGCUCCAGUUCCAAGGGCGACAGCGCUGGCGGGGGCGGUAACGGAGGCGGGGGCGGUAGCAGCACUCCGAGCGUCCUGUCCGCCGCAUCCGGCAUCGUCAAGAUGGAGCACCCAGACUCGUUCGUGUCCGGCGACGUUAGGUCCGUGGUGGGCGUCGGCGUCGGUGUGGGCGUGGGUGGACUGAACGGGGGCGGCGCGGGGGCGCUGUCUGGCUACUCCCUGUACGGCUCGCCGGCCGCCUACCACGCGACCCCUUCUGCCACCGCUGCUUUCUACGACACGUUCGCGCAACAGCAGCAGCAACAGCAGCAACAACAGCAACAACAACAACAGCAGCAGCAGCAACAUCAGCAGCAGCAGCACCACCACCACCACCAUCACCAACACCAACAGCAGCAGCAGCAACAUCACCACCACCAUCACCAACAGCACCACCACCAACAGCACCAACCGCCCCCGCAGUCACCACGCCUCGAAUCCCCGGAACGCUCGCCGCUGCUGGCGCCUGCGCAGUCGCCCGUCUCCGUCGCGCCGCACAUCGUCUCCCUACACAAUAAUAACAACAACAAUAAUAACAACGGUGGUGCCAGCGGCGCAACCAAGAUAUCUCAGGAAAACAUGGACCGCCCAUCCGUAGUUUCCAUGACUUCAUAGGCCUGCUGGUACAGCUGUGGUAAUGAAAACUGUAAUUUCGCCAGCGUGUGUUCUUUAGUGGCGGGCACGGUUGCAGGCUUCUGCCUUAAAAAGUCUCACUUAUCGUGACCGUGUUAGACUGCUGCCUGUGCCUGCAUUUGUGCGACUUUGUUACGCUCUGUUGUGUCCUUGUCGCUUGGCAGUGAGCCUUCUCUCUUUUGUGUAGUUUUUAUGGCUGUCGUAAGGAAGUUAAUUCCCAUUCUUGCCUGUUUCCCGGUGGGCUGUGGACAAAUACGAGCGACGGUCUCCUGUCGUGAUCGAGGUACUUGGUAACAUUCCCUCACGAAACGCGCUUGUUUUGCAUGAUCUCGUAGUCGCUGUACUGUGAUGUUGUAUGCAGAGCUUGUCACAUAGUCGACAGGAGUUCUGUGGAACUUGUCAGUAGAAUGCAACGUGUUGUUGCCCUCAAAGGAGCUAGUUUCACACUUACUUGUGGCACCUGUAAAAUGUUUCACUUGGUCCUUAAUUUUAAAAGAAGCACGUCACAUGGUUGCCCCGACGAGACAAGUCCUUACCAAUUUCUUUUCAUCUUGUUAUAAUAACUAACCAGUUACACCAAUUACCUGUAAAAAUGAUUCCCAAAAAGGUUCAGUAAUAUGUGUAGCUAUAAUUUUCUAGUCAAUUUCCAUUACGAGUGGUGGUUUAACGGCCGAGAGACUGACGUUUUCUUGAGUUCAGUGCAUUUAACAGCAUGCCACUGGGUCUUUGCCAGAAUUUGUUAAGUGUUGCUCUUCUCCAGUACUUUGUAAUUUCGCCAAAAUAUAAUCAUUUUAAGUAAACGUAGAUGGAAACAGAGAUACUGACGAGGAGAUGUCAACUACUAAUGUGUUACUGCGGUAGCAGAAAUCUUGUUUUGACUGAAGAUUAACGUUAACUUGCGUAACAACAGUGGGCUGCAAUAUUUUCUCACUUAAACUUCAUCGCCUGCAAAUUUUCAAUGUGCAAUAGCUCCUUUUCACUCUGAAUGUAUUUCUAGUGUGAAUGAGUCAGAGAAAUCAAAACGAUACAUCUUCCUUUCCUUCUUCACCCAUCUCAGUAGCAAGACCUACUCAUACUACACAGAAAUACAAACAACACCACCACAUCCUGUGUAUGAGUGUGCGUGCUCAUCACUGACGAGGUGUGCCCUUCUUUGUUUCCACUUCUAUUUGUGUGUCUCCCUCUUUGUACUUCUUUCUAUUGAUGUGUGUGUCCUUCUUUGUACUCUAUUGUGCUUAACCCCGGCCCCCUCCUCUCUCUCUCUCUCUCUCUCUCUCUCUCUCUCUCUCUCUCUCUCUCUCUCCCCUUCAUUGUACUCAUGUGUGCUCCUCUUUCUAACUCACUUCACAGCUUGCUUCUGUUUCCUUUUAUCGAUAUCAGCAACAUCAACCAUGUAAUGGCAGUAUGGAUGAAGAAAGGUUAGCUCCAUUCUUUACUCAAGGUGAAGGGCAUCUAUGAUUUCUUCACUCACUUGGUUUGCAGGUAGUGAGUCAACGUUCUUCUGAAUGAGGACGUACAAGAAUUAAAUAGCUGUCAUCCGAGAUAUUUGUUUAUGUAGUGCAGUUUCACCCAUAAUUUCUUUUUGUAGAUAGAUUCCAUGAUACAGAAUUAAAAUGAAGGCAACGGUAGUUUUAGAGACAUUAUGAUUUCAUUCCGGUUUGUACUCCACAUUGAAGGUUAUUGUGUUUCUGUACUUGACUUACUGUGUUUUUCAUUUCAGCUAGAUAUUUCUUUUUCUUCUCAGUUUCUAGCAAUUUAGUGAAGUGCUUUAUGUUGUAAUGCUAGCUGCAACUUAAUAGAUAGUAAUGACACAACAUUCUGGGAAACAUUGGAACAGAAAACUUGAGUUUAUUGAAAAAGAUGUCUCAUUUUCUAAAUGGAAAUUAAGGUGGUGUUUGUGGGCAGGUUUUCAAGCGUCAUACAACAUCACAGUGUAAAUACAGAAAUAGAAACUGAUUUAUGGAUGACUUCAAUUACCCACAAAAGGAAUUCGUCAUUUCAUUAAAUCAGUUAAUAAGUUUUGGUCCUAAGAUGCAUUCUUGGUUUGAGCAUGUAGUAUCCUUAGUAAUAGAUGAGGAACAAAAUCUAACAUCAAAGAAAAUUUGAGAAAAUAUUUUGCAAACUUCUUUCACUGAAGUUAUGCACCACAUAUGUACACUACAUGGCAAUACCAGAAACAAAGGCAAUGGUUUGUUGCAGAAAUUAUGGACGUUGUGACGGUUUUGCAGUUGUCUGGAAUGGUAUCAUGAGUGGAACAUUAAUACAGUGACCUCGCACGAACAUGAAUGGCCAGCAGCGUAGACUGUCUCCUAGAAAAUGAUCUAAGAAUUGACGAAUAUUGCAACAAGCAGGGAAAUUUAACAGACAUUUAAUAUUUGUCCUAUUAUUGAUCUGUUGUUCACAUUAUUCAUUUUUUGUUGUUAUUGUUAUAAUUAUUUUAGAGUAAAACAUAAAACAGACUGUAAAGUAGUGAUAAAUUUUUUUGCGUUGUUAUUGCUGAUUGUGUAAUAAGAAAGAUGAACAAGACAUGUUCUAGGGGGAUCGUUGGUUGAUAGAUAAGUGAUCUGAUUUUACUGUUGUUUGUCUGUGGCAAACCUGCAGAAAAAACUUUUUAAAUAUAGUGUUAAGUUGCUCAUUCUGUCUAUUUGUAAUUUUUUUGUAGAUUAGAACCAUUUUUGCACACGUCACAGUUUACUGCAUUGGCAACUCGUAUGUUACUGUCAUUAUUCUUAUAACUUUACAGCUGAGUGAUUUAUUCUAGUUUUUUCUUUUUAUGUGGUGAUAAAAUUUUAGUCUGGAUCAUGAAUUAUCUACUAUGCAGACUGUAUCUCACAAUAAAUAAUAAAACCUGUUUCCUGAUGA